UCCAGCGAUGGCGUCUUCUCAUCUAGAAAAGGAGCUGCUAUGCUCCAUCUGUCUGAGCAUUUAUACAGAUCCUGUAAUGCUGAAAUGUGGACACAACUACUGCCGGGACUGUAUUGAUUGUGGGCUGGAUACACAGGAGAGGUCUGGAGGUUAUUUCUGUCCUUUUUGCAGAAAGAUGUUCCAGGAGCGGCCUGCACUGUUGAGGAACAUAACACUGCGUAACAUUGCAGAGACUGUGAAGACUCAGGAUGAGGCUUCUGAGAUGAAGAAGAAGAAACUGAGAAAUGUUAUGCCCAAACUGAUGACAGAGAGAGAGAAGACGGAGAAGAGAGUCCAGAGUCUGCAGGAACGCAGGAGGAACGGACAAGGAAAAGCAGAUGAUGAGACAGAGAGAGUCACUGUCCUGUUCAGAGACUUCAGGAGUCGUCUGGAAGACCUGGAGAAGAGAGUCCUGAGUGAGAUUUCCGGGCAGGUAGAGCGGGUCCUUCUAUCACUGUCUGAUAUGAUCCAACAGCUGGAAAUAAAGAAGGUCAAGCUGUCCGGGGAGAUGCGUCACAUUGAGAUGCUGUGUAACAUGACGGAUCCAUUGACUGUCCUACAGGAAUCAGACACAGGUGACUUGUGUGAUACUGAGGAUGGAGAUGAUGAGGACAGAGAGAGACAUGAUAAACUCCUCCAUGAUGGAGGGGAUCUGGAUGUAGCGGGGAUCUCACGCACAUUACACACAUGUUUAUCGGUUAUAAUGUCUGGGUUAAAUGUGCAAUCGUCUUGCUAUUCAACUUUAAGCAAAAGGGUCAUAACUCAGUUCAAGGCUGAACUAUUCAGACCAUGCGCCCAACCCAUCCCCACCAUAGAACGCCUACACCCCCAGGCUGGAAGACCAAAUAUUUGGCAACAAACAUUGAAGAAGCAUGGGGUUACAGACAUUUUACUAGAUGUGAGCACAGCCGGUAAUAAUCUACAUAUAUCAAAUGAUAGGAAAACUGCAUCCUUCUCAUCAUCACAUCAAAAUCGCCCAGACACACCAAAGAGAUUUGAGUGUCCUCAGGUGUUAAGCAAUCAGAGUAUCUCCUCGGGACAAUUUUACUGGGAGGUGGAUGUCAGAGGGUCAGGGAUCUGGAGAGUCGGGAUGUGUUACACCAGUAUAGACAAGAGGGGAGAUCAGUCAUUAAUUGGAUAUAAUAAGAAGUCCUGGUGUUUAGAGAAGUGGGGUCAUAGUCAGUAUUCAAUGAUACAUGACAAGAAGGAGAUCCCAUUGACAAGCAACAUGUCCUCUAAUAGAGUCAGGAUAGAUCUGGAUUAUGAGCUUGGACGGAUCUCUUUUUAUGAUCUGUGUAGUCCCAUCCAACAUCUGUACACCUUCACCGCCACCUUCACCGAGCCCCUCCAUGCUGCUUUAUGGGUAUUAGGAGGUUCUAUAAGGUUCACAGGGUGGAGAGUCUGUGUGGUGUAAUACCUGGCCAAACAAUUCCUGGAAAACAUUAUUUCAAAUUUGUUUGGACGGAACUCUUUAUGAUCUGUGUAGUCCCAGCCAACAUCUGUACACCUUUACCGCCACCUUCACCGAGCCCCUCCAUGCUGCUUUAUGGGUAUUAGGAGGUUCUAUAACAGCGAUGGCAAACCUUGGCACUCCAGAUGUUUUGGAA